AAAGGAAGAUGCCGAAUUUAAAAGACGGAGUCACUGAGAUAGGAAGCUUUUGAUUGUAUUUUUCAUCUGAUAAGGAGGCUGUACAGAAAAGCGUGAGAACAAAACGCAGCUGUUAAGAAUAACAACUUUGCUUAGUCAGCAAAAUCAGUUACACCUGUGAAGAGAAAAAAUAAAUUAUCAAUUCUAUUAAACGGUGCGUUUUUCCAGCCAAUCUAAAAGACUACGUGUCUGAUCCACUCCGCACCAUUCACCCGAUCACCAUAGCUUGGCUACUAUGGUGAAUCCCAGAUAGAGGGAAGAAGAGAUAGCAAAGACCCAUUAACAACGUUGCCACCGUUUUGGCUAAUUUCUUUGAAGGUCAUGGCUUCUCUCUCCUCUAUCUCUCUCCCUACAUUCUCUAUUUCUAAACCUACUGCCACCACCAGCACUCUCAUUCCAAAACCUCACUUUCUCAUCAUUAAAUCCUCUCUAGAGAACAAAACACCAAAACCCGCUUCAGAUACUGCAAAACCCAGUUCUUGGGUGAGUCCAAAUUGGCUCACUUCUCUAACUCGGACUCUCACAUUAGGCCAAAACGAUAAUUCAGGCAUUCCUAUAGCUAGUGCUAAGCUUGAGGACGUAUCUGAUCUUUUAGGCGGUGCUCUGUUUCUUCCUUUGUUUAAAUGGAUGAAUGAAUAUGGUCCCAUUUAUAGGCUUGCAGCUGGCCCAAGAAAUUUCGUGGUGGUUAGUGACCCUGCGAUUGCUAAGCAUCUAUUGAAGAAUUAUGGCAAGUAUGGUAAAGGUCUUGUUUCUGAAGUAUCCGAGUUUCUGUUCGGGUCGGGUUUUGCCAUUGCCGAAGGACCUCUUUGGACGGUGAGGCGUAGAGCUGUGGUUCCAUCACUGCACAAGAAGUAUUUGUCUAUUAUAGUUGAUAGAGUAUUUUGCAAGUGUGCUCAAAGAUUGGUUGAGAAGCUCCAACCAGAUGCUUUAGAAGGCACUGCUGUUAAUAUGGAAGCAAAGUUUUCUCAAUUAACUCUUGACGUUAUUGGUCUUUCAGUUUUCAAUUACAAUUUUGAUUCCCUUACUGCUGAUAGUCCUGUUAUCGAUGCUGUCUACACAGCACUAAAAGAGGCAGAGGCUCGUUCCACGGAUCUUUUGCCAUAUUGGAAGGUUAAAGCUUUAUGUAAGAUAAUUCCUAGACAAAUAAAAGCUGAAAAAGCAGUUACAGAAAUUAGGCAAACGGUUGAAGAACUUAUUGCAAAAUGCAAGGAGAUUGUGGAGGCUGAAGGUGAAAGAAUAAAUGAUGAGGAAUAUGUAAAUGACACUGAUCCAAGUAUCCUUCGUUUCUUGCUUGCUAGCAGGGAAGAGGUUUCAAGUGUCCAAUUACGAGAUGACCUGUUAUCAAUGUUAGUUGCUGGUCAUGAAACAACUGGUUCGGUGUUGACUUGGACAUUGUAUCUUCUAAGUAAGGAUUCCUCCUCAUUAUUGAAGGCUCAAGAAGAGGUUGACCGAGUAUUACAAGGAAAUCCUCCUCGCUACGAAGAUAUAAAAGAUCUAAAGUUUUUGACACGCUGCAUUAAUGAGUCACUGCGUCUCUACCCACAUCCUCCUGUUUUAUUAAGAAGAGCUCAGGUUGCUGAUGUGCUUCCAGGAAAUUACAAGGUUAAUCCUGGUCAAGAUAUAAUGAUUUCAGUAUACAAUAUCCAUCAUUCCUCAAAGGUCUGGGAGAGAGCCGAAGAGUUUGUGCCAGAAAGAUUUGACUUGGAAGGGCCAGUGCCUAAUGAAACAAAUACAGAUUUCAGGUUUAUUCCUUUUAGUGGAGGACCUCGUAAAUGCGUUGGUGACCAGUUUGCUUUACUGGAGGCCAUAGUUUCCCUUGCAAUUUUUCUGCAGAACAUGAACUUUGAGCUGGUUCCUGAUCAAAAAAUCAACAUGACUACUGGAGCAACAAUUCAUACAACAAAUGGCUUGUACAUGAAACUCAGCCAAAGAGAAAAAGCUAAUGCCUUUGUCUCAUCUUCUGUGAGGGAAGUUUUGUAGUAUCAUUUUUUAACUGGACAAGUGACACCUUCUAUGAUUUGUCAUUUAUGUGCCAUCACUGGAAAUAUUACUAUCACCAGCAACACAAGCAUGUGGCCAAUUCAGGAUUUUCGACACAAGCAUGUGGCCAAUUCAGGAUUUUUCCUAGGACUAUAAUUUUGCAGAAUUACAAGACAAUAGCUGAUAAAAUUUUGUAAUUUUUUAUAAUAAUUUGUAAGUGUUUCUUUUUAAGGUAUUGAUAUUUUGUAAAUACUUUUUAGUAACUAAA